GGAACUAGAGAGGGACCUCCCGCACGACCUCCCGCUGGAAGAGGCGCUCUCCGACGCGCUGCGGCAGUCGCCGCACUGGGCCCGCGGGAGGGCGUUGCUUGCAGCUCUCUGCGAGGCCUUCGUACCUCAAAACCGCAGCUGCGCAGCCUACCAGGCGAGGAUCGCGCUGCGCUUGAAUCCCAAAGAUGAGGUCGCACUCGUCGUUGCAGCAUCCAUCGAGGCCAAGAAGAUGCCGGUUGUCUUCGACUGCAACUGCGAGGAUCCUUCACUCCAGCUCGUGCCUCACAGCAACCUGGGAGUGGCUCCGUAUUGGUACAGGAUGCCGGAGGCCGCAGAGGCAGCGAAGAAGACUCGGGCGGCGCUGCGGGACAGGGUGGUGGCCCUCCUCCGCCGUGCGAUGGACGUCUCAUUCCGUGGGGAGAUCCGGGCUGCCCUGGCGGCACAGCUGGGCACUGCGCCCGAGGCCCUGGAGCUCUGGCGGGAGGCCGUCACACAAGCGCCGGAGUCGAGGGCGCUCCUCAACCGGGCCAUCCACCACAUGGAGUCCCUUGGCCUCGCGAGGGAGGCCAAGGAACUCGCGGCCGGGGCUGUCAAGCGAGGCCUUUGGAGCCACCCGGACCAGAGGCCUCACCUCUUCUGGCCUGCGCUGCCCUUCAAUCCGUUUCCAGGCCCGGAGCUGGACUCUCGCCUUCCGCGUGCAGCGGCUGCUUUCGCUGCUCGCCUCGAGGAGCUCCAGACGGAGCUGCUGAGGGCAAAGAUUCCUUACACCGCUCAUAGCUCACCUUGCCCUGUGGGGGCCAACUGCACUGAGGUGUUGCCAGGGCUUUUUCCACGAACUGUUCGCUACGCAGGCUUUUGGGAGACUGGCCUCAUCAUCGGACGCGACAAGCCCUGCUCUGCGCAGAUACCUUUGACCUGCCGUGCCAUCAAGGAGAUCCUUGAGACGGAGGGUUUCACGGUAAUUGCUGCCACAAUCUCCACGGUCUUCGGUCCCCGGUCCUCCAUCGAGCCACAUGCCUCUGCAGUGCAGGGGCGCCUGAGGCUCCACUGCCCGGUGGCACUGCCCGAUGGCGCUUCGAUCCUUGAAGUGGCUGGGAACCCACAGAGGCGACACCAAGAAGGUGAAUGCUUCUGGUUUGAUGAGAGCGUGCAGCACAAGGCCACAUAUUCCUCUGUGAACAAUCUGCCGCGGACCCUCCUCAUGAUCGACAUCGCGCACCCUGCUUUGGAGGACAUGUCUGGGGAGCCCACAAUGGUGACAGAUCCCUUCACAUCAAGAUAUUGGCACACCUUUUUCCCCGCAAAUCCUUCCAAGCCGCUUUACGCCUCCAGCCCGCUGGAGGAGGAGUGGCUGCAGCAUGCACAGAACUGGACGCGGAGUCCCUGGGUCUUUUGCACGAAGAUGAAGGCCAAAAUGCUGGACCAGUGGCUUGAUGGCGUGGAGGCUUCACUUGCGAAAGAGCAUCCAGCCAUCUUCUCACUUUUCUGGGAGAGGUCCAGCAACACCUUGCAGUGGAUCGAGCCACUGGCGGGCGCGCUGCGCCAUCCUGCGGCUUUCUGCGAGUCCUACUGGCGCCGUGUGCCCGAGCCGCUACGCUGGAAGAAGUCCUUCCAGGAGCAUCAAGGAGAUCCAGGGCACAAGGGCGGAUCAUUGGACAUGAGCCUGGACUACUUGUUCCUGUCCAAUGCGGCCUGGGCUGACAAGGGCCGACGGCUGCUCUUUGAUGCAGGUGCAAAUGCCUUCAACACCUCGCUGGGUUGGCUGGCUGAUGCCUACCGCAAGAACGGCAUCAUAUUUGACCACCUUUGGGGGUGGGAAGUGAACCCGCCACCAACGUACUGCGUGCCGACGGAAUGGAUAAGCCGCCUCAGCUUCUCAACGGAGCCCGUGGUGGCCACCCAGGGCGUUCCCAACAAUCCCGUGCAUCUCAUGGAGCAGUUGUGUUCACCGGAAGACUUUUGCGUGUUCAAGCUGGACAUAGAUGAACCCCGCAUCGAGCGCGAACUUGUGGCGCAGAUCCUCCGGCCUGGUGGCCUUGCAGAACGAGGUGUCUUGGACGAGUUUUUCUGGGAAGACCAUUUCGCCUUCGAGCGCUACGGCCUGUAUGGCGGAGAGGGAGAGAUCCAGGACACCUACCAGGUCCUGUUGGCUUUGCGGAAGCAAGGCAUCCGCGCCCACGCCUGGCCUUGA